UUUAUUUUUUAUUUUAAGCACUAGGAUACUUUGUUUGUGGAUUCCGGACCUUAGCUUCAGGAAGGCACACUCAUUUACGCAGGCUACGUGGCGUUUGCAUUCUGUAGCAGUACUUCUCAUCGUCUGACAAUGUGUUUAAACUUUUUCUAAAACAUGACAACAUCCGGGCAGAAGUUGGAUCCAAUAGACAUAUAGACAGAUCCAAUAUGGCGACUCGCAUGGUACAGUGUUACUCCCUGCUUAGAUGUUCUGUGAUAUCUCAAAUAUUCACUCCACGUGAAAGAUUUACAACUAUAUUCAAAGGAAAUAGUAACAUUAUAAGUCACUGCUUUCGUCAAUGUCCUGGUUAUGGAAGCAAAGCAGGGGAUAAUACACAGGAUGGUCAUAUUAUCAUUCCAGUAGAUCGUCUCAAAAUAUCAUACAGCCGAAGCAGCGGUGCUGGCGGUCAGCAUGUCAACAAAGUGAGCACCAAAGCAGAGGUCCGCUUCCACAUAUACACAGCAGACUGGAUCCCAGAUGAUGUGAAACAAAAUAUUUUAUUAAAGAACAAGAACCGCAUCAACAAGGCAGGGGAGUUGCUGGUGACGUCAGAGCUUACCAGGAGCCAGCAUCGUAACCUUGGAGACUGCAUACAGAAAAUCUCUGACAUCAUAAUGGAGGCCAGCGAGAAGCCACAUGAGCCCUCGGACGAGGACAUAGCCCUCAGAGCAUCCAGGUUGGAAAGAAGAAACCAGGAAAGGCUUAAAGAAAAAAAGUUCAAUUCAGCAACCAAGCAGUCAAGAAGAGUGGAUUUUGACUGAAGAAUGGUCAUCUGUCACCUAUUGCACAUCUUUUUUCAGAUAUGAGGGGGACAUCAUUUGUAUAUAUUGAGUUUAAGAAAUAAGUAGAUGUGAAGAAUGUAUAUGUAUUCUUUAAAGUUGUGCUGUAUU